GUAAAGAUCCAGAGAAAUGGGAACUGUUGGAUUGGUCGAAACGUUACAAGAUCAUAGGAGGAAUAGCACGUGGAUUGGUUUACCUUCAUGAAGAUUCUCGUCUACGAAUUAUACAUCCCGAUCUCAAAGCUAGCAAUAUAUUAUUAGAUGGAGAUAUGAACCCCAAAAUAUCAGAUUUUGGCAUGGCGAGAAUAUUUAUCGUUGAUCAAUCUCAAGCAAAUACAAGUAGGAUUGUUGGGACAUAUGGUUACAUGUCUCCGGAGUAUGCAAUGCACGGCCACUUUUCUGUUAAGUCAGAUGUUUUUAGUUUCGGCGUCUUGGUUUUGGAAAUCAUAAGUGGCAAAAAGAAUAGUAGCUUCUACGAAUCAGAUGGUGCCGAGGAUCUCAUAAGUUAUGCUUGGAAGCUUUGGAGAGACAACAAACCUUUGGAAUUGAUAGAUCCGACACUGCAAAACUCAAAUGCUAGGAAUGAAGUAAUUCGAUGCAUCCAAAUUGGCUUGCUGUGUGUUCAAGAAGAUGUUAAUGAACGACCAAACAUGACUUCAAUACUUGUGAUGCUCAACAGUUAUUCGGCUACUCUUCCUGUCCCUGGCCAACCUGCAUUUUUUAUCCAUAGUAGAAAACAUAACAAGCCCCAAGUGCAAGAUUCAGACAAAUCCACGUCAACGUCAAUAACCUUCUCUAAAAAUGAAAUAUCAAUUACUGAUUUAUAUCCAAGAUAGAAUGUUCUCAUCAAAAGCACAAGAAAUAAAUAAGACUGUGUUGUAAAAUUUUUGUUAGUGGAUUAGUUAAUUAUGAUUUUCCCACUUUGUUUAUCCUUUAGGAUUACCUUUGCUCCCAUGGAUCAGAAAAUCCCUCGUUGUAGUCAUGUUUGUUAUAUAAUAUUGAAUAGAAUGAUAAAUUAAAUUUUAAUUCAUGUUUUUCCUUCA